GAGAAGGACAGGCCUGCCGGUGCGGGCGCCAUGUUAAGAAGGACAGGCCUGCCGGAGCGGGCACCAUGUACCGUGCCGGGGUCGAGUUGCUGUGGAUUCCAGUCGCUCUUCUGCGCUCCCGGCUCCUACAACGUCAAUACCGCAGUGCCUACAGCCUGGAGGUGCUUUAUCCGAACAGCAGAGCGGAUUACAGUGGGAGCGGAGGCCGCCAACAGGGUCAGGACGGAGCGUUACACAAUUCCUACAGCACAGAUAUACCCGUAGAUCGUCUCACGGUGACAUACUGUCGGAGCAGUGGCCCCGGGGGUCAAAACGUCAACAAGGUGAACACUAAAGCGGAGGUGAGGUUCCACGUGGCGACUGCAGACUGGCUUCCUGAGGAUGUGCGGAGUGCAAUCACCGCCAAGCAUCAGAACAGAAUCAAUCGGGCUGGGCAGCUGAUUGUCACUUCAGAGGCCAGCAGAUACCAGAUGAGAAACCUUGCUAAUUGUCUACAGAAGAUUCGGGACAUUGUGGCAGCAGCGAGUCAGAAACCCAAGCAGUCAUCCAAAGAGGAGGCUGAGAAUCGGAGAAUGAGGGUGGAGAGCAUGCAACGGGAACGGCUACGGCAGAAGAGGAUCCAAUCUGCCAUCAAACGAGACAGACGAGUGGGAUUUGACUGAAAAGAUGGUCUUGGAACAACAACUGUGAACCCUGGGGGGUCGGCGCACUCUCCAUCUCUGUCAUCUUGUACAAAACAAAUUAAUAAAAUUAUUGUAAAAUUCCA